CCUAUUUUCAAGGGGGCGCAGUAGUUUUCAAAGCGUCGAAUUGACGUGUGUGUGAUUGCGAAGUUGCGUAGUGUUGUCAAAAGAAUUUGCUCGGCGAGGGGAAUUUGCAAAUGGAGGAGGAAAUAACUGUUUUUCUCUGAACAACGGCAGGUUUGUUGCUUGGUCAACUUCUUUCGACCUGGCAAGAUGUUCUGCGGCAAAUAAUGUUGGGCGUAUUAUUUGCUAAUGGAUUAUCUCGAACAAGCCAGCUAACGUUAGCUCUCUGCCUUUUCGAUUUCGCAGAGGAUUUAGCUAACGCUAACGAGGCCUCGUUGUUUGCCUUCAAAAUUGUUGUAUUUUUUGUCCCAAAAGAACUAGCUAACUAGAUAAUUAGCAUGUACCAUGUCGUUAACACUUGAAAUGAACAAGUUAGCUAUCUACUGUAAAGUUACCUUGUUAGUUAACUGACGCUAACCAACUCGGAAGCUUGCUUGGGAAGCUAGCUAACUAGAUAGUUAGCCGUUGUUAGCAAUGUUUUGUUAACAGACCGCUAGUCGCUACGCUUGCCAACCAAGCUCAGAUAGAUUCACUAUAUGUACAAAAGAAUGUGGACACCUUAAAAUGAGUGGAUUCGGCUAUUUCAGCUACACCCAUUGCCGACAGGUGUAUAAAGUCGAGCACACAGCCAUGCAAUCUCUAGACAAACAUUGGCAGUAAAAUGGAUUUACUGAUCUGAAGAGCAGUGACUUUCAACGUGGCACCUUUCCAACAAGUCAGUUCGUCAAAUUUCUGCCCUGCUAGAGCUGCCCAGGUCAACUGUAAGUUAUGUUAUUAUGAAGUGGAAAUGCCUAGGAACAACAACGGCUCAGCUGCGAAGUGGUAGGCCACACAAACAGGACCACCGAGUGCUGAAGCAGGUAGCGUGUGAAAGUUGUAUUUUGCAACACUCACUACCGAUUUCCAAACUGCCUCUGGAAGCAAUGUCAGCGCAAGAACUGUUCGUUGGGAGCUUCAUGAAAUGGGUUUCCAUGGCCGAGCAGCCGCACACAAGCCUAAGAUCACCAUGAGCAAUGCCAGGCGUCGGCUGGAGUGGUGUAAACUCGCCGCCAUUGGACUCUGGAGUGAUGAAUCACGCUUCACCAUCUGACGGUCCGACAGACUAAUCUAGGUUUGGUCGAAUGCCAGGAGAACACUACCUGCCCCAAUGCAUAGUGCCUACUGUAAAGUUUGGUGGACGAGGAAUAAUAGUCUGGGGCUGUUUUUCAUGGUUCGGGCGAGGCCCUUUAGUUCCAUUGAAGGGAAAUCUUAACGCUACAGCAUACAAUGACAUUCUAGACGAUUAUGUGCUUCCAACUUUGGCAACAGUUUGGGGAAGGCCCUUUCCUGUUUCAGCAUGACAAUGCCCCUGUGCACAAAGCGAGGUCCAAACAGAAAUGGUUUGUUGAGAUCGGUGUGGAAGACCUUGACUGGCCUGCACAGAGCCCUGACCUCAACCUGAUCAAACGCCUUUGGGAUUAAUUGGAACGCUGACUGCGAGCCAGGCCUAAUCGCCCAACAUCAGUGCCCAACCUCACUAAUGCUCUUGUGGCUGAAUGGAAGCACGUCCCUGCAGCAAUGUUCCAACAUCUAGUUGAAAGCCUUCCCAGAAGAGUGGAGGCUGUUAUAACAGCAAAGGAGGGACCAACUCCAUAUUAAGGCCCAUGAAUUUGGAAUGAGAUGUUCGACGAGCAGGUGUCCACAUACUUUUGGUCAUGUAGGUAGGUAGCUAAUCUGCUUAAUUAUCCAAGUGAAAGGAGCCUUGUUUAACAUUUGUCCAGCUAGCUAGCUAGCUAACUAUGAAACAUUUUCUAAUUACACUUAUUUCCCACUGUUUUUCUCAGGUGGAGAAAACAAAAUGUCUGAGGCUCGUUACGAAAAAUUCCUCUCUCCCGAGGAGCACUUUCCACUACUGCUGUCUCAGCGAGGGAACAUCAGUGAGGCAGGCACAUUGGAUGUCAGUGACUUUGGCUGUCAGUUAUCCUCUUGUCACCGGACAGACCCUCUACGCCGCUUCCAUAGUAACAGGUAAGGCUGAUGGCUAGCUACUUGUUUUUGACUUGCAUUCCACUUUUUAAAUCAAGACAGUAUUGUAACAGGCUAAACUAACCACACCAAAAAUGUCCCUUUUGUUGACUGUUUUCAGAUGGAACCUGACUUCUUGUGGAACCAGUGUGGCCAGCUCAGAAUGCAGUGAGGAGCUGUUCUCCUCCGUCUCCGUGGGAGACCAGGAGGACUGCUACUCCCUUUUGGACGACCAGGAGUUCACCUCCUUUGACCUGUUCCCGGAGGGCAGCGUCUGCAGUGACGUGUCUUCCUCUAUCAGCACUUACUGGGACUGGUCAGACAGCGAAUUUGAGUGGCAGGUAUGUCCCCCCCAAUGUGAUAACAUAAAUAUUAUUGUCGAGUUAUGUUGGUGGUUGUUCCAUUUGGGUUAAUAAUGUUUUUUGUUUAUCCACAGUUGCCUGGAAGUGACAUAACCAGUGGAAGUGAUGUGCUCUCUGACAUCAUACCCAGUGUUCCCAGCUCCCCUUGCCUCUCCUCCAAUAGAAAGACCAAACCACAUAGAAAUUUGGAUGAGCUCCCCUGGAGUGCUAUGACCAAUGAUGAACAGGUAUGGAGACCAGCUCUCAAAUUCACAAUGCCAGGAAUUAUAAAGCAGUGGUUGCAGAUGUUACAUGCUUUAUCUCUCUAUCAGGUGGAAUAUAUUGAAUAUCUGAGCAGAAAGGUCAGCACAGAGAUGGGGCUACGAGAGCAGUUGGACAUCAUCAAGAUCAUUGACCCGUGUGCACAGAUAUCCCCUACAGACAGCGAGUUCAUAAUUGAGCUCAACUGCCUGACAGAUGAGAAACUGAAACAGGUGAGUGAAUGGCACAAUAUGACAACAUUUUUAAAUUGUGACACUGUGUGCUGUGCAGUGUACUCUGAUCUAAAUAAAUAAAUAAUUAAACUUUUCAGAUGUGUGAAGCUUUAACAUUCCUAUCCUCCAGGUGAGGAACUACAUCCGGGAGCACAGUCCGCGGCAGCGCCCCAGCAGCACCCGGGACAGCUGGAAGAGGAGUGGCCACAGCAGUGCUAGCACUAGUGGGGUGAGUGGGGCAAGCAGCAGCAAUGCUAGCUUGGUCAGCAGUGCCAGCAGCUCCACCGGAUCCACAGGCUCCACCGGCAACUCCACGUCCAACUGCAGCACAGCUAACAUCAGCCGUGCCCACAGCGACGGGAACCUGUCCAGUGCCGCUGAGCGCAUCCGUGACUCCAAGGUAAGGAAGGGGUUUCACUCUGACUGUUAAAGUUCACUAUGGCUUUUGAAUAGCUCCUCAAGUUUUCAAAACAGAUUAAACAGCUACUUAAAUCUAAAUAGCAAUUCGACCCAAAGCAACAACAUACAGUGCAUUCGGAAAGUAUUCAGACCCCUGGACUUUUAACACAUUUUGUUACAUUACAGCCUUAUUCUAAAAUGGAGUAAAUCGUUUUUUCCCCCUCAUAAAUUACACACAAUACCCCAUAAUGACCAAGAAAAACAGGGAAUUUGAUUUUUCUUUGCAAAAAAAAUACAUAUAUACUGAAAUAUCACAUUUACAUAAGUAUUCAGACCCUUUACUCAAUACUUUGUUGAAGCACCUUUGGGCGCAAUUACAGCCUCUAGUCUUGUGUAUGACGCUACAAGCUUGGCACACCUGUAUUUGGGGAGUUUCUCCCAUUCUUCUCUGCAUAUCCUCUCAAGCUCUGUCAGAUUGACCAUCUGCAGAGAUGGUCAAUCGUAUUCAAGUCCGGGCUCUGGCUGUGCCACUCAAGGACAUUCAAAGACUUGUCCCGAAGCCACUCCUGCGUUGUCUUGGCUGUGUGCUUAGGGUCGUUGUCCUGUUGGAAGGUGAACCUUCUCCCCAGUCUGAGGUCCUGAGUGCUCUGGAGCAGGUUUUCAUCAAGGAUCUCUCUGUACUCCGCUCCGUUCAUCUUUCCCUCGAUCCUGACUAGUGUCCCAGUCCCUACCGCUGAAAAACAUCCCCACACCAUGAUGCUGCCACCACCAUGCUUCACCGUAGGGAUGGUGCCUGGUUUCCUCCAGAUGUGACGCUUGGCAUUCAGGCCAAAUAGUUCAAUCUUGGUUUCAUCAGACCAGAGAAUCUUGUUUCUCAUGGUCUGAGAGUCUUUAGGUGCCUUUUGGCAAACUCCAAGCGGGCUGUCAUGUGCCUUUUACUGAGGAGUGGUUUCCGUCUGGCCACUACCAUAAAGGCCAGAUUGUUCCAGUGCUGCAGAGAUGGUUGUCCUUCUGGAAGGUUCUCCCAUUUCCACAGUGGAACUCUGGAGCUUUGUCAUAGUGACCAUCGGGUUCUUGGUCACCUUCCUGACCAAGGCCCUUCUCCCCUGAUUGCUCAGUUUGGCCGGGCGGCCAGCUCUAGGAAGAGUCUUGGUGGUUCCAAACUUCUUCCAUUUAAGAACGAUGGAGGGCACUGUGUUCUUGGGGAUCUUCAAUGCUGCAAACCUUUUUUGGUACCCUUCCCCAGAUCUGUGCCUCGACACAAUCCUGUUUCGGAGCUCUACGGAUAAUUAUUUCGACCUCAUGGCUUGGUUUAUGCUCUGACAUGCACUGUGGGACCUUUAUAUAGACAGGUGUGUGCCUUUCCAAAUCAUGUCCAAUCAAUUGAAUUUACCACAGGUGGACUCCAAUCAAGUUGUAGAAACAUCUGAAGGAUGAUCAUUGGAAACAGAAUGCACCUGAGCUCAAUUUCUAGUCUCAUAGCAAAGGGUCUGAAUACUUAUGUAAAUAUGGUUUUUCUGUUUUAUUUUUAAUAAAUGUGCAAAAAUGUCUACCGACCUGUUCGCUUUGUCAUGAUGAGGUAUUGUGUGUAGAUUGAGGAACAAAAACAAUGUAAUCCAUUUUAGAAUAUGGCUGUAACAUAACAAAAUGUGGAAAACGUCAAGUGGUCUGAAUACUUUCCGAAUGCACUGUAUAUCAGAGCUAAGCCAAUUUCUCUUAGACAACCGGAGUUCAAGAAAUAUUACUUCCAAAAUGUAUUUAAAAAACUGACAGAAGUGGGUGAUGCUCUAUCCUCCCUAGAGAAUUGGACCAAUGAUUUGGAAAUCUCCCUCGACAGGGAAGCUCAGAAGAAAGUAUUUACCAGCGCCAACAGCAUCUCGCGUAAUACAAAAAUAAAUCUUAUCCAGUAUUACGCAGUAUUUUAUGUUUAACUAGCUUUAAUCUCCCUAGAAUAGAUUUUAAAGAAGUCCACCAGGGAGGAGUAUUUAGAUGACGUAAUUUUGCUUCCCUCUUCUUCCUGUAAUUGUAUGCCUGGUCGAGUAGUUCGCUUAAAAAUGCUACAAACUGUGCUAGUAUACUAGCUACUGAACCACGGAUGGGAGGCACAGACAAGUGGAAAAAAUAAACUGACACUGAAACGGAGGAUGUUGACAAGCCAGAGGGAAAGCGGGAGACCUGCAUUGUGAAAAAACACAAUGACCGAACGUUCACUUUGGAGGCUGCAGUGAGGUUCAAAAGUAUUUAAACAGUUUGUUUUAGCUCUACUCCAGCACGUUGGCUUUGAAAUGAUACAAUGAAUGAGGUUACAUUCAUGUAGAAGUGUUUAGAAGCAUAUUCUAAAAAAUACCCUCAAAUUAAAGCUGACAGUCUACAUUUUAACCUCAUAGUCAUCGUGUCAUUUAAAAUCCAAAGUGCUGGAGUACAGAGCCAAAACAACCAAAAAUAUGUCACUUAUUGGGACAUCAAUGUAUAUAUUCCUCCUUGCAUAAUUAUUGCAGUCACCUCGUGGUGGGAAUUACUCUACACGAGGUAUUCAAAUGGAUUCCUAUUUGAUAUGUACACACUCCUACAGUUUAGUAGUUUUGCGCAGCGAUAACGGGGAAAUAUUCUCAAUGUAGGUGACCUACUGUAAGAUGAGGUGACCAGAUAUAAUGGAAAAUGGAUCCCCUGCCUCAAGUAAAAACCAUUUAGCCUACAUUUGAGUCAUGGAACCGUAGCCUGAGCCUUUGUUGUGUGCUUGGUGUGCCACUGCCACACAUCUCUUAUCUUCUUGUCCUAUUUGUUGUAGAAACGCUCUAAGCAGAGGAAGCUGCAGCAGAAAGCCCUGCGUAAGAGACAGCUGAAGGAACAGAGACAGGCCCGCAAGGAGAGGCUGAGUGGCCUGUUCCUCAACGAAGAGGUGCUGUCACUCAAAGUCACAGAGGAGGAGGACCGUGUAGAAGACGUGGUCGAUGUCUUGAUGUGACAAGAAUGAAUGAGUCAGUGUUCCCUCUAAGCCUCACAAUAACAUCCUCCAGUAAUGUCACAGCUGGUCCCACACCCAGUCAUAUUGAAGCAAAGCUGCCCAAUUGGGACCGUUCUUGAGUUCUAAUUGAUGUCCUUAGAUCUGGACGCCUGCACACACAAAAAUGAUUCUAGUUCUCUUUUUUUCUCCAUAGCUUUAUGUCUUAAUGUAUGAACAUUGGGAGUAGGAUUCUGCUGAGGCUAAUAUUGAAUGUGAGUAUUCAAGUAAAACGACCAAAUGUAACUUAAAAUAAGCUUAAACUUCCUAAUUCUUUGUGGUUCAUUUAAUCUUGAAGGCAUAGAGGGAACACUGAGUCACUGCAUGGGAAGUCAUCACCAUUGGCAUAAUGAGUUAUAAAUGCUUAACACAGCUUAUUUUGUUUUUAUUUAAUUUGUAUAAAUGCAGUUAAUCAUAAAGAACAGUUUUUACAUCAAGUUUCCCCUUUAAGUUAAAAUAUGAAGGCUUACACAUUCAUAAAUGCAACAUGGUUACAUGGUAAUACAGUGUUGGCCUCUAACAACUCUCCAUAGCUUUUUCUUUUCCAUGUCUUUUGUGCAUGGAGUCUAGGGUUGAGCAUGACAUGUAAAAUAAUGCAGAUAUCCAUUGCAUUGCACACGGGAGAUAUUUUUAUGUUGCUGAAUGACAUGAAAAUGUCUAUGACUGCAUUGUCUUUGAAUGGGAAGGUAUUUCAUGAUGUCCUGGCUUACUCCUUGGCUAUUGGUCCUAUCCUGUAGAACGCUUUAUUCUUUAAACUUCAACAGGUAACACUAACUGCUGUACAUUAGAAAAUGUAUUUACCUUAGAAGCAUUAGUUUGCUUAGUCUUUUCUGUAUAAAGUUAUGCUUUUAAGUAAUUCUGAAAACAAUAUAGAUCAACUAGAUAUUGUGAGUAUAUCUUUAUUUUGAAUGAAAGAGAUGAUUAAUAGCCAUGAAACAACUAUUUCUGUAAUUGUUGUACCAUUCAUUCUGGGGAGGAAAGGUCAACGGACCAAGAUGGGACGUAUUUGUUGCUGCUUUCUUGGAAGUCCAAUUAUAUAAGUUGUUGUGUAUGUCACAACCAUGUAUUUACUGACCUGCCCGAGGUGUUGGAAAUAUAGUGUUGCAGAACAGAAGCAUACCAGAACUCAGUUUCAAUAGUAAUGUAACGCAGAAUGAGGAAUAAAUUGCCAUCGAUGCAUCAUA